AUGCGGGAGCAGGUCCUUUACGAGGUAUGUCUGGAGGAAUGUGAUGUGGGCACUUUGUUCGCCCUUGAUGCGUUAGAUGGCCAAGUAUUCUCAGAUAAUCAUUAUCAAGUAGUCGGCGUGGACUGUAAGGAAAAUGAGGCCGUCAGUUGUAUGAUGAUUAAAUGUCCGGCUGACAGAUUUUGUCCAGCGGAAAACUUUUGUUAUAAUCCCAAAUGUGUUUGCCGAAAAGGAUUUCGGCGACAUGGUGGAAUCUGUGUGCCAAAACACGACUCCCUGCAUCUGAGUAAAGCAACUUUGGAUACGGCUCUGCUGGAAAUUCCCUACAGAGAGUUUUAA